AUGCACGACACCCGCCGCUCCUCCCACUCGACGUAUACCCGGGACUGGCAAAAAAGCGUCCAGCAAGGCGGAGGAAUGGCCAAGAACAAUGACCACCCGUACUCGCACGACGAGUCGGGCAGAAGAGCGUCCAACGAGACAUACAUACCACAACCGCCCAAAAAGAGCUUUUUCAAAAGAAUCUUUGGCUGUACUUGCUUUGAACUGGACCCACCAAGACCCCGUCAGGCGAUAUCGUCCUGCGGCCGAAAGUACCCAGCAAUCACCCCCACCCCAUCUUACACCCAUGCCGAUCCCUUCCCUAUAGCAGCCCGCCUGGGAUCCAAUCACAGGGCGACCGACUCGACGGCGUCUGUCAGUACGACACUGUCUGGACCUGCGCUGUCGAAUCUGCUGUUCAUCCCCAGGCAGGAGGACGAGGCGUUCAAGACGUAUGCACCGCCGAACGGGUCGUUUGCCGGGGGCACGACGGGCGGGGCAGGAGCAGGCGGUAGCUGA